AAUCUAACCCAGAGGGCUACCUCCUUCUUCAGUGACAGCUCCAUUCAACAUAGGCCAAAGGAUCUGAGAUCGACCGUCUGACGAGGUUUACUGGAGAGCUCUUAAGAACAAGAGUCUCUGACACUGAUCCAUGAGACACCAGCUGUGUGGUGGACCGGCCAGCUGUAUGAUGGAGCCAGUGUUUUGCUAUGAGUCCAGUAACACUUCAUGCCUGAGGACUAUUUAUCCCAUACACCGGCGUGUGGCCCUGUACAUCAUUCUAGGGGUCACAGUCAUUCUGACAGUGUGUGGAAACCUUUUGGUGACUUUCUCAGUUGCUUAUUUUAAGCAGCUCCAUACUCCAACCAACUACCUGAUUGUCUCUCUGGCUGUGUCUGACCUGCUCUUAGGGUUGUUAGUCAUGUUCCCCAGUAUGAUCCUAACCAUAGAGUCCUGUUGGUACUUUGGUGACUUCUUCUGUAAAGUCUACAUGAGCUCGGAUGUCACGUUGUGUACAGCCUCAAUUCUGAAUCUGUCAUUCAUAUCAGUGGACAGAUACUAUGCUGUUUGCCAACCUCUGCUUUACAGAAGCAGAAUAACUGAUAAUGUAGUGCUGAUCAUGAUCCUGCUCACUUGGAGUAUUUCAGUUUUUAUUGGCUUUGGGAUGAUAUUUCUGAAACUAAAUAUUUUGGGUGUUGAGGAGUUUUAUUAUAACCAUGUUGUGUGUAAAGGAGGGUGUGUUUUGUUUCAGAGUGGACCUUCGAGUGUAAUCUCAUCCGUUCUUUCCUUUUACAUGCCAGGUGUUAUAAUGCUUGCUGUGUAUCUGAAGGUUUUGCUGGUGGCACAGAAACAGUUCCGCAGCAUACAGAGGGCAGGCUGUGUGAGCUCAGUGAAAACAUCAAGCCAGACUAAAGCCACUAAAACUCUGGCUGUUGUAAUGGGAGCCUUUCUUUCUUUUUGGACUCCUUUCUUUGUCUGCAACAUCAUCGACCCUUUCAUUAGUUACUCAGUACCUCCACAACUGUUUGAAGUACUUGUGUGGUUGGGAUACUUGAACUCUACAGUGAACCCUAUCAUAUAUGCAUUUUUUUACAGGUGGUUCAGAAAGGCAUUUCAGUUAUUAACCUCAGGUGAUAUCUUUAAAUCUGACAUUUCAGGGACAACACUCUUCACUGAAUAA